GAAAUAGUUGAUGAUAAUAAUGAAGAAAGUUCAGAGACAGAAAAAGUAAAAUUCUACUAUUUUCCUAUAGAUAAAUAUAAAGAGUGGAUAAAAAGAUUUGAAAAAGCAAGUCUUAGUUAUUACUGA